UACAACACUACAAAUCUAUUACAUUUAUUGAGUUUAGUACCAAACGAAGAUGACUCCCACAAAUACCUCUCUUGUGAAAUAUGACAAUCCAAAGCUUGUGAGUCGAAGUACUGAUGCCAAAGCACAGAGAAAGCAAAAAAGUCCACAACAAUCACCAGCACCUGGUGUACCAGGGAGCACGAGAGAUGGCAAAUUGCCACCAUUGGAGGUGAAGAAUCAAGCAGAAGAUAUUUUGAACUCAAUUCUACCCCCAAGAGAGUGGACUGAAAGUGGGCAGCUCUGGGUUCAACAGGUAUCAAGCACUCCUGCCACAAGAUUGGAUGUUGUUAACCUACAAGAACAGUUAGAUAUUCGUCUGCAGCAGAGACAGGCCAGAGAAACUGGUAUUUGCCCUGUCCGCAGAGAGCUUUACUCACAGUGUUUUGAUGAGCUGAUAAGACAAGUAACUAUCUCCUGCGCUGAGCGUGGACUUCUGCUCCUUCGUGUGCGAGAUGAAAUCAGGAUGACGAUAGCUGCAUACCAAACACUCUAUGAGAGCAGUGUCGCAUUUGGCAUGCGCAAGGCUCUCCAGGCUGAACAAGGUAAGACUGAUAUGCAGAGGAAGAUUGAGGAACUUGAGGAGGAAAAGAAAGAUCUGGAACGUCAAGUAAACGAGUUGAAGUCCAAAUGCGAUGCUAUCGAGAAGAGAGAAGCAGAGAGGCGAGUUGUUGAAGAGAAGAAACAUGCAGAGGAGAUACAGUUCUUGAAGAGGACCAACCAGCAGCUGAAGACACAGCUAGAGGGAAUCAUCCAGCCAAGCAAGAAAUAAACUCUAGAGACGAGGAUUUUAGUUUGAGUAGAUCAAAACUCGAAUGUUAUACAUAUCUGUACAUAGUUUUCAUUAAAAGGUUCCAGUUAUCUAUAGUAUUGAAUUGUAAAGGUUGUCAGAAUGUUCUGUCGGUGCUCUGAACCAUUCCCUAGGGUAACCUUGUAAUAUUAUUUAUUGAUUCCAAACGCAAACUUAGACCUUUGUCAGCAGGUAUGAUAAUUUGUGCAACUGGGACCUUACAUACUGGGACGUUAUAAUACUGAAACAAGUUCUUGCUUUUGAUAAAAAUAACUUUGUAUAUCUUCCUUUCA